UGUAACCUGGUAGUUUUGUUGUCACAAACUAUAUGUUAUUUUCUUGAUUUACAUCUUUGUUAGAAUCUCUCAAUUAGUGUAAAUCUCUUAAUCAGUGUAAAUUAGCUGUAAGUUAGAAUAUAGUUAGGAAUUAUUGUAUUUAUUGGCUAUUAUUAGUUUCCUAGUUAGUCCUAGUUGUAUGAAGAAAUAUAAAAGAAAAUUUUUCAAAUUUUCUGUUUUCUACAUGGUAUCAAAGCAGUGUUAAAAUUUAUUGGCGUGAACAGUGUAGUUCUAGGUAAUUUUUUUUUGUCAAGCUUUUACGUCGUUCUAGGAAGGGAGGUGACUGUCACCACCCACUUGAGUAGGCAGGACACCAGCUGAUCAGCUUACGCCUAGAGUCCCGCCGCCGUCCAGUGAAGCACGUGAGCUCACGCGCCUCUAAAAGUCUCGCGUCAUUCUUCAUGCACUGGCGCGUGCACCCAUUUUUUCAGUGAUUUCUCCGACCACACCUCUUGCUGACGACCUUCCGUGUCCGGUACGCCUCUGACCAUCGUGUUUCCACACCUAGUUUGCACAUUAUUUUUUUGGGUACCUUUCAUUGCUCAGUUUUUUGCUUUCUGUCUCAAUACCUAUUUUUUUAAUUGAAAAAUGACUGAUGAAAAGAAGAAAGCUUCUGAAACAAAGGCUGAAUUUGUUGGUGAUAAUCUCUCUUUACAAAUUAGUCUUGUAAAGUUGGAUGGAACUAAUUAUUUGGCAUGGUCUAGAUCUUGUCUACUAUUCAUUCAGGCUAGAGGACUGUAGGGGUAUAUAAUUGGAGAUAGAAAAAAACCAGAAAGUACUAGUUCUACCUACUGCCAGUGAGAGUCGAAGAACUCUCUUGUUAUGUCAUGGCUCAUCAAUUCUAUGCAACCUCAUAUAGCUUAUGGGUAUUUACUGUUGGACAGUGCCGCUAUCAUUUGGAGUGCUGUUUCUCUGACUUAUUCUCAAGUUGGGAAUGAUGCACAAGUUUAUGAGUUUAGGAACAAGGUUCAUGGAAUGAAACAAGAUGAGUUGAUUGUUGCUCAGUAUUAUGCGGAACUGAGUGGUCUAUGGUAAGAGUUGGAUUUCUAUUCAGGCUUCAUGUCCGGCUGAUGCAUUUAAGUUCCAGAAAUUGAUUGAGAAGGAGCUCAUAUAUGAUUUUCUUGCUGGGCUAAAUGUGGAGUAUGAUUAGAUUCAGGUCCAAGUGCUUGGUAAGGAUCCUUUGCCCACUUUAAGGCAGACAUACUCUUAUGUUCAGCAGGAGGAGAGUAGGAGUGUCAUGAUCAAUUCUACAGCUGUUGAUAAGGCUGGGCUGGCUGCUAACUUCUUAUGAGAACAGUCAUAUGGUCCAUUAGAUUAGGAUCACUUGCAUUGUGACUACUGUGGGAAAUCUCGGCACACCAAAGAACAAUGUUGAAAGCUGCACGACCGCCUAACUAAAGGGCGUGGAGGAAAAAGGAUGGGCUCUGCUAGAUCACAAGGAAAUGUAUCUGAAGCUGUGAUUGUUUCUGAAGAUACUGCUAUCACUGGGAUGUUUUUCAAUGAAGAGGUACAGACUCUGAGACGAUUCCUAUCACAGCUUGAAUCAUAAUCCACUACGGUUGCCUCUUCUAACUUCAUCAACUCAGGAGUUGAUAACGGGGAGAACGAUUGGCAUUGGUAGACUGCAAGAUGGGCUAUAUCUAUUGAAUGAUUGUGUUGAUCAGGCCAUGUUGGGAUAGUCUAUGGGUACUGAGGAAGAAAUUAUUCAGUGGCAUAGGAGACUUGGACCUCCUUCAUUUACUAUUUUAGAGAAACUUUAUCCUCUUUUGUUUAAGCAAUGCAAGACUGAAUUGUUAGUAUGUGAUGCUUAUGAGUUUGCCAAACAUACCAGACAAUCUUAUCCUGCAAUAAAUAAUAAGGCUUCAGUUCCUUUUAUGAUUAUCCAUUCUGAUGUGUGGGGACCUACUCAAACUGUGUCUUUAUCAGGUUGUAGAUGGUUUGUGACCUUUAUUGAUUGUUGCAGUAGGUUAACUUGGGUAUAUCUGAUGAAAGGAAAAAAUGAAGUAUUUUCAUAUUUUCAGCAGUUUCACAAAAUGAUUAGCACCCAGUUUGAUGCUCAUGUUAAAAUAUUGAGAACUGAUAAUGGCACAGAGUAUAUGAAUGGAGUUUUUCAGGAAUAUUUAAAGUCACGGAAUUUUGCGUAAGACUAGUUGUGUUAACACUAGUGCUCAAAAUGAAGUGUCUUAGAGAAAAAAUAGACAUUUACUUGAGGUUGCUAGGUUUCUUAUGUUUACAAUGAAUAUUCCCAAACUUUACUGGGGGGAUGCAAUUCUUUCUGCUGCAUAUCUUAUUAACAAGAUGCCACUCCGGACUUUGGAGUUUAAGAGUCCUUUAGAGGUUUUGCAAGGUAAAAAUUCAUAUACUGUUCCUCCAAAGGUUUUUUGUUGUGUUUGCUUUGCUCAUCAGCCUAAUAGAGGGAAGUUAGAACCUUGAGCCCUCAAGUGUGUCUUUGUUGGUUAUUCCAGUACUCAAAAGGGGUAUAGGUGUUACCACCCUCCUACACGAAAAUAUUUUGUGAGCAUGGAUGUUACCUUUAGGGAAUCUGAAUCUUAUUUCCAUCCACCUCUUCAAGGGGAGCAUAGGAAGGAAGAAAAGAUGUCUUUCCCUUCUUCUUUGUGCUCUCCCAACUUUCAACUUCAAAGGGAAAGUGUGAGUCUAAAGCCUAUACCUAAUAAUGAUAUUCAAGGGGAGUCACCUAAAUCUCGAGGGAGACUGAAUGGACCAGAUUUGAGAAUCUAUACUCGGCGAAACAAGACAGAUAUAGCCAUCGAGCAGGAGAUUGUUGAUCAACCGAAAUCUCUAGAUUCAAUUCCUGAAUAUCCUAAGGUAUGUGAUGAGUCUCCUUUGGUUCCUAAAGAGUCUAAUUUUAAUUCUCAGUCUACUUUUCCUUCUUCUAAUAAUGGUCUUGAUAUUCCUAUUGCUCUCAGAAAAGGUGUUAGAACCUGUACUAAACAUCCCAUCUCUAACUUCAAUUCAUAUGAUUCUUUGUCUCCAUCCUAUAGAGCCUUUCUACUGUCUGUUUUCUCUGUUUCUAUCCCACAGGAUUGGAAGAAAGCAUGUCUUGAUCCAAAAUGGAAGGCAGCCAUGGUGGAGGAGAUGAAAGCUCUAGCAAAGAAUGAGACAUGGGAACUUGUUACUUUUCCAAUGGGGAAAAAAUCAGUUGGAUGCAAGUGGGUGUUUAUUGUGAAACAUAAAGCAGAUGGUUCAAUUGAAAGGUAUAAGGCUAGGCUAGUAGCAAAAGGCUUCACACAAACGUAUGGGGUAGAUUACCAGAAAACGUUUGCUUCUGUUGCUAAAAUGAAUACCAUCAGAAUUUUACUAUCAUGUGCAGUAAAUCUUGAGUGGGAUUUGCAGCAGUUUGAUGUAAAAAAUGUCUUUCUACAUAGUGAUUUGGAAGUAGUAUAUAUGAAAAUCCCUCCAGGGUUUGAGAAUAGGAAGACCAAAAGAAAAGUUUUCAGAUUGAAGAAAGCACUGUAUGGUUUAAAACAGCCACCUUGGGCAUGAUUUGACAGGUUUAGUAAGGCUAUGGUUUCUUUUGGAUACUGCCAAAACAAUGCUAAUCACACCUUGUUUAUAAAACAUUAUAGGGGUAAGAUCACUCUGCUUAUUAUCUAUGUAGAAAGAGAUGAUUCUCAUUGAUUUCAAUUAGUCUGUACAUGGGUAUAUAUAUACAAUUGAUUCCUAUAAUUGUGUUCUACUAAUUAGGAAGAAAUCCUAAAUAA